AUGGCAGGUUACCCUUCCCCGCUGACCGGUUAUGAAAAUGCCCCGCCUCUCUCCGAGGAGCGGGCCGAAGAUGGCAAGAGCUUCCGGAACCCGCAAACCGGCGUGCUCAGCAGCGCAUACGAGAGAUUCACCGAACCCCUCGAUAACGGCAUCAAGGGCGGGUUUGAUAUCCACAUCUAUUACUUCCAAAACAACCCCGAACAAUCGGAAUACGCACGGGCCCUACGCGAGCGCAUCCGGCGCGAGUUCCCGGAGCUGCGGGUGUACGCGCUGUGGGACCGGCCGAUCGGGCCGCACCCGGUGGCCAUGUUCGAGGUGAGCGUGCACUCGCCGGCGCAGUUCGGCGCCGUCGUCGCCUGGCUGGCCGUCUGGCGCGGCCCGCUGUCCGUGCUGGUCCACCCCAACACCACCGAGCCCGAGUCCGACCUACCGCCCCACGACCGCGAGCGCCGCAACCACACCGACCGCGCCAUCUGGAUGGGUAAGCGCCUGCCGCUGGAUCUGUCUAUUUUUCGGCCCAAGACGUCGGCGGCUGCUGCUGCUGCUGCGUCUGCUGCUGGGGGAGGGACGGCGCCGGCUUGA